AUGGAGCUCAAGGCCAAGAUCAGCGCCAUCAUCGCGGGCGCCAAGGAGACCAGCAAGGCCGAGGCCGAGUCCGUUGAGGGCGGCGGCCCGCAGGUGACUGAGGCCGACAUUGCCAACAUCGUGGCUCAGUGGACGGGCAUCCCCAUCGAGAAGGUGUCCAGCGACGAGACCGAGAGGCUCAUCAAGAUGGAGGAGGUCCUCCACGGCCGCGUCAUCGGCCAGGACGAGGCCGUCUCAGCCAUCGCCCGCGCCAUCCGCCGCGCGCGCGUCGGCCUCAAGAACCCCAACCGCCCCAUUGCCAGCUUCAUCUUUGCGGGCCCCACGGGCGUGGGCAAGUCGGAGCUGGCCAAGACGCUGGCGUCCUACUACUUUGGCAGCGAGGAGGCCAUGCAUGCAGGCGGCUGA